AUGACUGUAGAUGAACUAAUCAAGAAGAUGAAAGCCAGUUUUGCUCGACAUGGGAUCCCUGAAAUCGUAAUUUCUGAUUCUGGCUCACAGUUUACAAGCUCAGAAUGGAGAGCCUUUGCAGCCGAUUUUGGGUUUAAAACUAUUUGUUGUAGUCCCUUACACCAUCAGGCAAACGGUGAAGCUGAAAGAACAGUCCAAACGCUUAAAAAGAUGCUUACAAAGAACAAAGACCCCACUCUAGCAUUACUGGAGUACAGGUCAACACCAGGUCCAUCAGGGUACAGCCCUUCGGAAUUGUUGAUGGGAAGAAGACUAAGAACCCGACUACCGUCAUUGACAAAAGAUCUCAAGCCUAAAAUGGUAGAUCACAAGACAUUUAGAGAAUUGGACAAACUAUAUAGAGCAACUCAAGAAGAUUACUUCAAUAAACGGCAUGGAGUGAGAGAUGAAAAGCAAUUCACUAUUGGAUGCAACGUGUAUAUUCCUGAUAGGAGAGAAGAUGGGAAGAUAGUUAAUAAAGUAACUCCAAGAUCAUACACAGUUAAGACAAACGAAGGCAUGUUACGUCGCAACGGGGUAAUGCUAAGACAACUACAACCCAAAACAUCUGAUGACCCUGGAACUGAGCCUAAUUGUUUUUCCUCAUUUGGUAGACAAAUAAAUCCAUCAAGAAGAACAUGUCUUUAA